AUGACAAAGAGUGUUAAGAAGAUCCCGAUGGUGGCUAUCUCUCGAUUCAUGCAGCCUCCACAGUUCCAGGACCAGGUGUUUAUCAACUUCCGAGGAGAGGAAAUUCGCUAUAGCUUCCUCAGCCACCUCGCUGCCGCUUUUGAACUACACGGAAUAAACUUCUUCAUUGACAAAGAUGAACAGAAGGGAAAAGACCUUAAACACCUUUUCAAAAGGAUCAAGCAGUCGCAGAUUGCAUUAGCAAUCUUUUCCGAAAGAUAUGCGGAGUCCCCAUGGUGCUUGAACGAACUGGCAAAGAUGAAGAAACUUGCAAAGAAGGGCAAAUUAAAUGUGGUUCCUAUUUUCUACAAGGUGGAGGUAAAUGAUGUGAGACACCAAGAGGGAAAAUUUGGUAGUAACUUUUGGAAGUUGGCAAAGAUUUCUAGUGGUGACGAGAUCAAGAAGUGGAAGGAAGCUUUGGAGUUUUUCUCUAAUAAGAUGGGCUUGACGUUAUGUGGCAAGAGGUACUCUACAUGA